CGCUCUUCUCGGUUGGAAGAGCCUCCACAUAUGCUCCCAGCUCGACCGUCUGUGCGUGAAGACCACGAAGUGGUUCGAGGGGGAAAGCAAGAAGGGUCGUACAACGAAUUACAAAGGAACAGGAUGAGAACUUCCUGACAUUUUGUUGUGGUAGAAGUGUAAAUUCUUCAUAGUGCCAUUCAAAUGCACAUUUGAAGCAACUUUCCUCUUAGAAUAUAUGGGUUGUUGUGUUGGAGGGCUAGCGAAAUCUCAAUCAGCUAAUGAUAGAAUAUUGGGUCCACCCAAGAAGCGGAACAUAGGCCAGUUAUCCAUCCAGAAGAAAAGACAAUGGUCAUCAAGUCCUGAACCUGAAGUAAUGGAAAACAAUGUUAGCAAUUCUCUUUCCCUGGUGACGAAUGUCUCCUCGUGUCCCACUACUGUCAAUGAUGAGACCAAGUUAAUGGAGGAAAAUGCUAACAAUGUUUCAUUCGUCAACCAAGGUGCUAUAGCCUGGAAUGAGAUGAGAAGGGCGUGGGUUGGAGAUCGGUCAAAAAGGCCCCACAGAGCUCCAAGGGAACCGACAAUAAGCUGGUGUGCAACCUACGAGGAUUUGCUCUCGACCAACCGACCUUUUCCACAACCCAUCCCAGUAUCUGAGAUGGUAGAUUUUUUGGUCGACAUUUGGCAGGAGGAAGGACUUUACGAUUAGCAGUACUCUUUGCUAGUGUGGAAAUUUUGUCUGCCCUUCUCGUUAGCUAAAUUAAGUAGAUGUAUUUUUUUGUCAUGGGGGUGUUCUUGUAUAAAAACAAAAUGCAUUGGCGUCACCAUUCGACCCCAAGAAAAAAUUGUGUUAAUGGUAUUAGGUGAAGAAAGUAAACAAGCAAAGCAAAAAGAACCGUUCUAUUAAUCA